CUAGCCUCUCCCCCGCCUAUAUAAAUCACACUUUUCUGCCUUGAUUUCCCCAUCGCCUCCUCUGCCUCCUUAUUCACCGCUUCAUCUUCUUUCUCAUUAUUGUGAUUAUCAGAUCAGGAAAUAUGGCAGAUGUUGAGUACCGAUGCUUCGUCGGUGGGUUGGCAUGGGCCACCACCGAUGACUCUCUCGGUCGAGCGUUCUCUACCUACGAUGUCGUGGAUACGAAGAUUAUUAAUGAUCGCGAAACAGGCAGAUCCAGAGGAUUUGGAUUUGUCACCUUUAAGGAUGAGGAUUCCAUGCACAAGGCUAUUAAUGAAAUGAACGGCAGUGAGCUUGAUGGACGAAACAUCACAGUCAAUGAGGCUCAAUCUCGUGGAUCAGGAGGUGGAGGCGGAGGAGGCUACGGUGGUGGUCGCCGUGAAGGUGGUGGUGGAGGUUAUGGUGGCGGUGGAGGUGGUGGUUAUGGAGGCGGUCGUCGUGAUGGAGGCUAUGGAGGCGGUCGCCGUGAAGGAGGCGACCGAGGUUAUGGAGGUGGUGGUGGAGGUUACAGUGGUGGCGGUGGCGGUGGCGCGCGUUACUCCAGGGGAGGAGGCGAUUCUGAAGGGAACUGGAGGAACUAAGCUACAGAUCUGAUAUCUGAUCAUUGUUGAAGCUUUCUGUUUGAUCCGUUAGUUUAGUUGGUGCUGUGUUUCUGCUAUAUCUAUCAUCAUGCUGUACUUUGAGGUUCCUGUUACUGUUUGCUUGGAUUGGUUAAUUUUGGAGUUCGAUUGUCUCUUGAAUCUGUGUUUGUCAAAAUCUUUAUGAAUGCAGUGAAAGAUAUUUGAUUCCAAAACCGAGUGUCAUCCCUAAAUAAAGUUUUUUUAUAUCUUGAUAUGAUAACUAGUGCAAUUGUGUCUACUUUGUAUUUUGAGUCUACUAUAUCUCAAAUUUAAGUCUACUGUUGGUUGUAGCUGGAUAUACGGUCUUUGUUAAAUUAUGAAAAG